AUGUCCGCCGAAAUAUCGACUGAAACCGAUUCUCUCUAUGAGGUUUCCUGGGCCAACCCCUUAUUUAGUCCCCAUCUCCUCUGUGCGGCGAACGUCCUUGAGUACUUCUGCGACCUCUCCAAUCCCUUCUAUGAUCGUGAGUGCAAUAAUGAGGUUAUCCGAAUGCAAAAGUUGAGUCCUGAGCAACUAGUUUCAAUGACAGGCAUUGAAUUCUAUUUACAUCACUCUCAGGCGAGUAAAUUCAUUGUGUUUUCUGUCUUUUUUUAUUCUGUUGUUUACGCUUAACUGGCUGUACUUUCCGGACUUGUUUGUUAUUACUUGAUUUCGUUCACUUGCUCUCAGAUUCGUAUCGCACUCAUGAGACGCCACCAAAGUUUGCAAAAUGCUAUUAUUAUGCUCGCAUGCCGUGAAUGCCAAUUUUCGAACACAGUUGUGCAUAUUCAAACUUGUUUAAGUAUUUGUGCUGCUUGCUCUCUUCGUCCUAUCUUUAUACGUAAAAGGUCUUCAUAUUCCUCUGGGUUAAUGUUUUUUAGGUAGGCUUGUUAGAAAAGGGAAAAUAUGUGAAAUAUUUGAAGGUAUCCUCAAGCCUCAACUUACCUCUUUGAAGUUGGCCCGGGUUCUGAUAAAUGGCCAAGUGGCUGCCGACACCCACCUCUGCAUGACUAGUUGUUGUGAAUAAACAGAGAAGCGUCCCACAGUAAUCCCCAGCCAGCAUUCCUCACUUACCUGUAUCUCCGGGCCGGCAUAGUAUAAAAUGACCAACUCAUCGAUUGUGCUCAUGUAAUCUGCUGUCUUUUCUCAUUGCCUGCCUCGGUAUGUUUACCAAGAAAAAUUCGUCUUAUCUAUAGGAACCAGUGCUCUUUGUGAUUCGCAAGCAGCAGCGAUUGUCGACAACACUGGUCACCCCGAUUGCCUACUACUACAUUGUCAAUGGAACUGUUAUCCAGGCACCUGACCUAGCAACCCUCGUGAAUGCACGCCUUCAUACUGUCAUUCAUGGCCUAAACAAGACUAUACAAGUAAGUUUCAGACUGUAUGUUUCCCCCCGAAUAAUCUCAGUCAACCCUGACGACUACUGUGACUUGUGUCUAAAUUACUUCUAGUUCCUACGGCAUAAUCAACGAUAGCCAUUAUCACUUUCUUGUUCGUAGUUUAGGUGGAAUGCUUUUCUGGUAGGUGUGGGGAUGUGUCUGAUGAUUGAACUGCUGUCUGAUGUUGCCUCCUCAUAGGGUGAACCCACUGUAGUUGAAUAGAAUCCAACCGGCGAUCAAAUAAGUGGGGCAGGUCCAUAGCUGAACCUGUGGCAGACGAUCAGGCGACGUGGGCGAUUGUUAGGAGAAGCACUCGUGUAUCUGGGUUUCGCAGUUACUACACCGAAUGUUCCAUCCAAUCUCUUCCACUUUGAAGCCACAAAUGCAGCUGGAGGUAAACGAGCCAGUUUCGUUAGACCAGUUCUGCGGAUAGAGGUCUUUCAGCUUCUCGGUGUUAUGAGCUAUGUACCCUGCACAGUGUCCUCAUUACUGAUGCUGUUUUUGUUGUUGACGUAUAUGUGAGGGCGCUGACAAGACCCUGAGUGUACUCUACCAGUGAGAACACGUUCAAGGGGGUUAGGUGUUGACAUGUUUGUUCCUAAGUAUAGUUACUCGUUGCCUGGUGCGCCUGUGCUCAUGCCUGGUCUAGCGCAUCACGAUGCUGUCACGGACUGUACCUCUCCACGUGUGACGAUCCGCGGCAGCAGAUCUGGAUAGCUCAAUCCACUCUCUUCGAAGGUACAGAAUUCUAACAUCUUAACCAAAAGGGAUAAAAAAAUUUACAAAGUUCAUAGCCGGUCUAGUCGGCUUGAAGCAACUAUGCCGAAACCUACUGCUGCCGGAUAUAAACAUGCAAAAUCACAUAGUUCUAGGAGGCGUUUAGAUCGACGACUUCUGUAGUAGCAGAUAAACGGCGAAAUGUCAACAAUGGCAGAGCUGAACCGAAUGACUCUUAUCCUGAUAGAGAGAGCUGCACCUAGUAACAGUUAGUGGUUAAAAGCCAUAAUUUUUUCUACUCAACUUAGAACCAUAAAAAGUCGAGUGCCGGUGGGCAUGUUAUGUUGUUUAAAAAAAAACAAUUGGAUCAAGAGUAUGAGAGUCAAGCACAACUAACUUGGUGGAAUGGCAUCCAAGGAAACUUGGAGCAUAAAGUCGUUGUUGCGGAAGCACAAACUUGCUGGACUAGGAAAGAGACUGCCCGGGAAGACCUUGAAGGGGAGGGAAAUCUUUUCACUCGACGAAUCAGCGGACUCAGUAGCGAUAGCCUCCAUGACACUUUCUGCAGAUCAGGGGACUCGAGGGAAAAUCUCACGUGCGUUGGAUGACAAAAUGCUAUUCGAUCUCGUUGCUGUGGCUUUGAGGAAAGAUAAGACGGUCUUACAUCGGGAAUGAAUUCCUGUACGCUCUUACUCCGAUAGCGCAGAAGGCUGAUCAAUGGGAGGUUCCUGUUCAGGAUCAGUAUAGACCUAGGAUGCCCUACUACGGCUCAGUUAAUCUGACUUUGUGCUCUACGUAUCGGAGAAAUAUGCUGACCCACCCUGCCCUUCUGAUUGUGACAUUUAAGUCCCCUAUUUUGAGUGGGAUAACUGCGUGCUGUCUGGUUUCGACAGUGUUCAGAAAUAUAUAUUUAUAUAUUUUUAAGAUAACAACCCGUCUGAUUCUCCUUUGAAUUAACCCUACGUCAUACUGGCUCGGUAAUCUUGCAUAACAGAUAGAUAAACAAAGAGGCUGCUGGGGAAAGCAUUGUUGUUAGAGAUGCCGAAUUGAUAUUGGAACUAACAAUCGAAACGUAAAGGGAAUCGACAAUCAAAAGAAAUGGGAUUAUAAAAAGAUGUUUUAUGGACUGCGGGUAGAGUGGAGAAUCGCUCACUCUGGUGAACAGAGAGUGAGGAAGGCAAGGAUGUCGUAACACACAAGCACAAGAAGCCCGGUCGUUAUUGCCGAAAGUUUUAAAGGAUGCUCGGAGAGUAUAUUUUUAGAACGCGCAUAUAACAUGCAAAGGUUCCUUACAGAUGCGUGUCUCCCGAGAGAAAUGCAAAUAAAAUGCAAUUUUCAGGAACUCGGGUUUAAUGUAUCGAAAAUUCAAAUGUGAACAAGCCCUAGUCGGGAGUGGGUUUUGCACUGCGUCCUGCGGUAUUUACAAUAAAUAGGAGUACUUCAACUUGAUGCGGCCUGAUCUAGCAGGCUUCGAAAGUGCCACAGACUGUACACCUCCACGUGUGACGAUCCGCGACAGCGGAUCUGGCCGGCAACGGAUACCGAGUACCGGAACCCCAAUAACCACUUCCAUGUCCUGAUGGACUUUUUCAAACCAGGCUUUGAGUUGACCUCUUCCACGCUUUCAAGUGGGUAAGUUCUGGAUCGAGGGCAGCAAAACUGACCCCGUGAAGUGGACGACGAAUAACCUGCUCAAACCACCUCAGCCAUCUUUUUUGAAUGGCCUGGGAUAUCCUUGUGAUUUUGUCAGAGCGAGUGCGGACAGUCUCACUGGAGACAAGGUCCAUGUACCUACCCCGAAGGAUGGUUAUCAAGCGGUAGUGCUCAAAUGCCUCCAGUUUUCGCUCGUCUUUCACGCGCACAGCCCAGCAUUUACAACCGUAGAGAGGGACUGGCUGGACAGAUGCACGGUACACGCGAAUCUUCGUGGCGAUGGAGAUGUCGCACUGGGUUCAUAGGCAUUUUCUAAAGCUCUAAAACAACCCUGCGAGUAGCAUUGAUUUGGGAGACAAUGUCGUCCUUAUCCUGCCCAUCAAACCGCAGUCUCGCCCCGAGGUGUUGUAAAUUGUCCGCUCCUUCAGGUUGACAACCAUUCAUCUCGAGGGACGCUCUCUCCUGGUCAGGGAUGCAGCUUUAAAACAGUUCGGUCCGCCCAGCGUUUAUGGCGACUUUAUUCAUCCGUGACACCAUGGACUGUAAACCACAAAAGCUUGAAGCCAGCUAGACGAUAUAAUCAGCGUAGUUCAGACUAGUCGACCGGCGUCUGGGAACAAACUCAACGCCGUCAGCCAUUGAAUAAUCGCUUCGAAAGAUGCUCCUCUAGCGUCUUAACGGUGUGACCGCUCACCACAGAAAUGCUGGGCAUUUAAGUCAGUUCCAGGACGUAGUUGUCCUUGACUCACUCCUGCCACUUCACUUUUAGGGUUUCAGCAGACAACCGCUGUGGUGAGGCCAAUCCCUCUAGCUUAACACAGAUACACCGUCUGGGUAUCCGCGUCGAAGGACAGUGCAGGCAGUAUUACGACCCUGUACAUCCCCCACUUGGUGCUGGAGGGGAUGUGUGCAUGAUUGUUCAUACCUCUGUCACACCGUACGCGGGAAUUGUUUUCAAACCGUCUAAUUUGUUUUAGCCGCAUACUCGACCUAAAGUCCUCCCACAUGUUGUGGUGACUGACCGCGCGCAACAGGAAGCGUGACACAACUGGAAACUCGAUUAGUAAGCAUAUCGAUCUGACAAUCGCUUCUCAAGCACUGCAUUGACAAAUUAGUAGCGUAGCUGGAGGUAGUCCCUGGUCGGAGUGAGCUAAAUAUGCAGCGAGUUGUGCAGCCUCACAUUCCUUGACGAUGGACCUACGUUAGAGUUCGAAACGUCGGAUACAUAAGCAACUGGUCUCAGCGAUCGCCUUCCCGUCUUCCACUCAAUUACCUGGACCACACCUAUUCUCUAUCAUUCGGAAUUCCUAUUAUAUUUCUUUCUGUCACAUCUAUGUUAUUCUCCUACAGAUGUCAUAUUGCCUUUUUUAUGUCGUUAUCAGUCAAGACUCAUGAAUCAGGUCGUCUACUCAGCCCAAACGUUGCCUUCAAGGACAGGACGUCCAGUUUUUCGGGAACCCAGGGUAUUCAAUUAGGCAAACUGAAUUAUCUUCCUGUUGGGACGAGCUCCUACCCUCCAGCGUUGUCGACACUACUGUUAUGCUUAGCAGGGAAUUAUCGUUCGUGCUUUGGCAUUUCGGCCAACCAGAGUUCCGUAUGCGUCCUGCCUGAUAUGGGACUGCUGUGUCUGUCUGCAUGUGGACAAUUUGUUUCCUCUAAAUUCCGGGUCCCAAAUUGGAACUUUAUCUUACAGCAAGGCAUUGUGUGCUGCUUUCCCAUAGGUUUACAUUUCGACAAAAUACCGGCCCCUUCGAUUACACUUCUUCGGUCGGCCAAUAGGCAUGUUUAAUUAUGACUUAGGGGCAUUUGGUUCGGAUGAGAGGCCUACGGAGUAAAGAUCUAUUUUAAACACGAAUUUCUGUCAUUCGUAAGCCCAAAUGGAGGGCUCGGGCCACUGCUCUCCGCCCUGUCAAAAACUAGUCUGGACAGUUAUUCGCAAGACACAGGGGGUAGGUAGGGGGCCUUUGGUGAUUUGUGUGGAAGAGUUCAGAGUUGUAGCGUCAGCGUUGCCGUAGCCAGUACAGAUAAAUGCCAGGACGCGGCGAGCUUUGCCCUUAGGCAUGUAAACAUCACGGCGGACACGUUUGUGCAUAUCUGGACAGUUUUGCAUACGUUUCAAAAGGCUCUUGGAUAGGUAUUAGAUCCUGCUUAUUUGGAAUCCUCUAGUUAAAAUUGGUCCCAAAGCUGAUUUUCUGGGUCACUACUGACUGAUGGUGUAUUAGGCUGUCAAUUUUCAUUUCUCCAGGCUCUGGCUCCUUGCGCCCGCUACCAUCCACCUGAUGGAUCUUACUCCUGGGAUGACCCUAAAAAGCUCCUGGGGAGAUCUACUAGUAAUGAUGGCGCCCCCGAAGGUAGCAGUCCAGAUAACGAUGCCAAGACUGUACAGAAGUCGGAAUCAAAUGUUGCCACAAACUACUACCAAGUCCACCCUAUGGAGGUCUUACUCGCUGAGUGGGCCAGUAGAUUCCCCCUCCCGCCUCUUCCCACCACCACCGCCACCACCACUGGCAGCUCCACCGUUCAGACUCCACAACAGCCAUCCGCAAACACUCCGCAGACUCAGUCGGGCCCUCUGACUCAACAUGCAACCAGCGUACGUGUUUUGCCCUCCUCCUGCCUCUUGAUUGUCUUCACUCAUCUUUUGCUCAAGCUUUAAUCGAUCCUGAAUGAAUGCAGCCUACGCCCUAUUUUGGCGUGCGAUAACUGUCCGCGACCAUUGCUCUCUACUAGAAAUUCAUUCAGUUGCUUUGUUUGACAAAUUUAUUAGCUUGUCCACAUUUCGAAAGUCCAGUUGUUUGGAGUUUUUUGGUGUUAGCUCCUCCGAGGAACCAUUUGUUUUUGUUUGACACGUUGGCACCCUCUAAAAUAUUGUAAGGCCCAAUAACAGCACUAUUAUGUGACGCCUGUUUGCAACCACUAAAUGCCUUUGCCUAUCAGCGCUUCCAUAUGGUCGAAUUUUCGAAUUGGAACGCUAGAGACAGCAACCCACGACUGGCGAAUUGGUCGGUUGUUGGCGACUCACUUGCGCCGAACCAUCCUGAGAAACCUCAUGAAAAAAUAUCCUGUCCAGAUACGGCUAUCUAAGCCACGUCAUAAGCGGAACCUAACGCGUUUCGCAACCCGGGUCCGCUGAUGAGAAAGAACAGUGCGAGAACUUGACUACCUGGCUAUUAAAUGCUGGUAUGUACAACUUUCUGGACCAAAUUUUGUAACGUCUAACGGCGUUCAGUCAUUAUUAGCACAACGUAGAUAUCUGCUACCUGCUUGGCAUCUGAGUCCCAGACCCACUCACAGGUGGUCACGACCUCCGGGGUGAGCUCCUGUCCCAUCCCAUAUCAUCGUGUAACAGGUGCACCAUGCGCCACCUGUGUUGGAAGCGGUUGAUAACCGACUGGCCUCCGUACCUGUGCGGGAGGGCACUUUACCAACACUUUUACGGUUUAUGCACAGACAUGGACUGCUGACUAGCGCAAUAAAGAAGCCGUCUGCGCGCAGCAGCGAGAACUGGCUGGAAGAAUUCCUCGCCGUGAUAACUGAUUUUUGUUAGAGGUUAGAAUUGACAGGCUGCGCUUAACAACUCUCCAGUCACCUAAUUGACCACUCUGGGCUUCGUUCUCGCCAGACCUGCCUAAUUAUUACUUGGAAUGACUAUUUGUGAUAAUUCAUUAUUUUAGUGCUUUCAAGUUUUGUUGCUUUGGAGUCGACACAGCAGACGUUUUUCCUCUCUUUUCAGGGCCGCGAACACGAUUUGAAAUCAGCCUCGGGAAUACCAGAGAAGAAGAGCCGCUUGUUAUAA